CAGUAUACAGUGUAUGUAUUUAUUUGUAUUAUAAAUUGCUUGCAUUUUUAUAACCUCAAAAAUUGCUUUUUGAAAGCCGAUGUUUUGCAAAUAUUGUAUACUUCAGUAAAUUAUUCUACAUAUUUAGAUUCAAAUUUUGGCGUGAGAUAAAUGGCGUCAAAAGAAGGAGGUGAUAAAGGGAAGGGCGGUCAAGGUGCUGGGGAUAAUAAAGAGAAACGACGAAAGGAAUCUAUUCUUGAUCUUAGUAAAUAUUUAGAGAAAAGCAUUCGCGUUAAAUUUGCCGGCGGUCGUGAAGCCGCUGGCAUACUUAAAGGUUAUGAUCCCUUACUGAAUCUUGUACUAGACAAUACUACAGAGUUUUUGAGAGACCCUGACGAUCCAUAUAAGCUUUUGGAUGAUACAAGAGCAUUAGGUCUUGUGGUCUGCCGUGGUACAUCUGUAGUGUUAAUAUGUCCUAUGGAUGGUAUGGAAGCAAUACCAAAUCCUUUCAUCACUCAAGAAGGAUAGGUCAUAAAACUUUAACAUUAUGAUUAUGUAAUUUCUAAGUUAAUAAUAAGUAUAUUUAAGGACAGUAACUAGUUUUUUAUUCAGUAAUUUCUGACAGUAGUAGAGUUUAUUUAAUAAGAAAUUAUUCAAAAUAAUAUUCUUAUUUAAAUUUUAGAUAUAUAGCCAUAGCUUAGGUAUUAUGUAAUUUAUGAAAUGCCUACUGUAAAAUUUUUCUUAAAGUUUGAAUAGGAUGGAUAUCUUGGGAUCUUUGGCUCAGCCUCAGAUAAUAGCAUAGUUCCAGCAGAGACUAUAUAUUUUAC